UUUUUUUUUUUUUUUUUUUUAUUCCAAAGCAGCAUUGCUGCGGGACUGCUUGUCGAGAACCUGAACCGGAGCGAGAGCAGCGUGGAUGAAAGCGACGACGCGGGGAGACCGCAAGUAGACGCGUGAGCAGGCACGCUUCGUAUCCCGCCGAUCCGGAAACGUGGACCGACAGAUGACGGAGGCUGCGGCCGGGCGACGACGGGAAGGCUCGCCGAUAGCGGCCACUCCUCCCGAGGUCCUCCCAAGCCAGAAGGAGGAGACCGCCGGAAACUUGGAAACAUCAUGGCACGAACACUUGUCGUGCAGUUUUAGGAUUCGGAUGGAGAACUGCCAAGCUGGGACCUUUUUGGCCCGGGACUCGGACUUGAAAUGAAAAAUCUCAGUUCCUUCCAAAGAGGUCAAGUAAGUCUCCCUUGAUGCCCCACCGACCUCCGAAGGGUUAAGGCUCUGUCGUCGGGGAUGGGCGGCCCGCCGACAGCUCCCCUGGGCGCUUUCGGCACAACCGCCGCCUCCCCAGAGGGGGCGGACUGGACUUCCUGGCCGGAAUUCAACCAAAGCUUGACGGGGGGCGAUGCUGACAACUCCACGCAGGAGGUGGUGGCCAGUGAGGAGAAGAACUGGCCGGCCCUGCUCAUCCUGGUCAUCAUCGCCCUAACCGUGGGUGGCAACAUCCUGGUCAUCCUGGCUGUGUCGCUGGAGAAGAAACUCCAAAAUGCCACCAAUUUCUUCCUGAGGUCCUUGGCAGUGGCCGACAUGCUGGUGGGCAUCCUGGUAAUGCCCAUCUCUCUCAUCAACAUCCUCUAUGACUACGCCUGGCCCCUGCCCAGUGCUUUGUGUCCCAUCUGGAUCUACCUGGACGUGCUCUUCUCCACCGCCUCCAUCAUGCACCUGUGCGCCAUCUCUCUGGACCGCUACGUGGCCAUCCGCAACCCCAUCGAGCACAGCCGAUUCAACUCCAGGACCAAAGCCAUGAUGAAGAUUGCCGCCGUCUGGACCAUUUCCAUAGGCGUCUCCACACCAAUCCCGGUGAUCGGCCUCCGCCACGAGGACAAGGUGUUCGUCAAUGGCAGCUGCGUUCUCAAUGAGGAGCGCUUCAUCCUGAUCGGCUCCUUCGUGGCCUUCUUCAUCCCGCUGGUCAUCAUGGUGGUCACGUACGGUCUCACCGUCCAAGUGCUGCAACGGCAGGCCACCGUCUUCCUAUGCGAGGCCAAGUCGGCAUCCCAGCAGCCUUUGCGGCCCCCGGCCCACACCGCCGGCUCGGACAUCCACGCGACAGAUGUCAAACCGACGUCAGAGCCGGGUCUGCUCUUGAGUGUCUCCGCGUCCGAGUGUGUGGGCAUUCUUCCUGGCUCCGAGGCAACGUCUCAGCUCAGCUCGCCGGCCGCCGGGCCCGGACGCGGUGACGGCGCCGCGUGCCACGGUCGACGCGGGAUGAUGCAGGCCAUCAAGAACGAGAGGCGGGCCUCCAAGGUAUUAGGAAUUGUCUUCUUCCUCUUUCUCAUCAUGUGGUGUCCGUUUUUCAUCACCAAUGUCACCUUGGUGCUGUGUGGAGGCGCCUGCGACGAGUCCCUGCUGCAUGAACUGCUUAACGUCUUCGUGUGGGUGGGCUACAUCUCAUCAGGGGUCAACCCGCUGGUCUACACACUCUUCAACAAGACUUACAGGAGAGCUUUCUCCAGCUACAUCCGCUGUCGCUACAACGCCGGCGCCAACGUGGCCGGGGCCGGGCAGGCCUUCAAGAACCCUCUGGCUCUGCCGCCGCCCCCGUCGUCCUCGCACGCCGUUACGCCGCCGGACAGCCGUAGCAAGGCCAAUACGGAACGGAGCCGAGACGGCGACUGUCGAAACGGCGGACGGACGGGCCCGGAGGACAGCUUGGACCGAACCGGGGGUGGUGUGGCGCCCCUCCUUGGGGGGGCGCUCUCUGAAACAGAAACUGAAGAGCAGGAGCUGUCGCUUAUCAGUUGCAGCCCCGCCUCUACUGUCCAUACCAGCAGCGUGUGACGCUUGUAAGGAAUGUAGGACAAUUGAUGGUAUCGUGGCGCCCUCCAGUGGCCAAAAGGAGCUUUUUAAUACAAGAAACCGCUUCAUUAAGGAAGUUCAUGAAAUUCUUAGACACAUACCCCAUAUAUACAAUAUAUAGAAAUAUAUAUACACACACCUACAUGCACAUUGUUAAAUCCACAGAUCCUGAACUGCAGAUAUUUGGGGAUCGCCUGUAUAUAUGUAGCUAUAUGUAAAUAUACAGUCUAUAUGUAUAUAUGUACAGUAUAUGUAUAUUUGUGUGUGUGUGUAUAUAUGUAGAAAAUAUAGAAAUACAGUGGGGCAAA